UUUUCUUUUUAUAUCUAGAGCCCUUAAACUUUUAUAAAAGGCCCUCAGCACGUGAUGGUGAAGGUGGAACGAUCUAAAAAAGAGAGAAAAUCUGAGUACUUUGAUAGGUUUAUUUCAGCCGUAACCAGCUACUCUAGGGUUCUUAUUGUUAAUGCUGACAAUGUCCGUUCAAAACAGCUUGCCCAAGUCCGAAAGUCGCUUCGGGGUAGAGCCUCUAUUCUUAUGGGGAAAAAUACACUUAUUCGCAAGAUACUCGGAACUAUGAUCUCUGAGUUUCCUCACUAUGAAAAACUUAUUCCUCAUAUACGUGGUAACAUCGGAUUUGUAUUUACCAACGACUCUUUAAACGCUAUUAGAGACAUUCUUGUAGAAAAUAAACUACCUGCUCCUGCGCGAGCUGGUGCGAUAGCGCAGUGUGACGUCACUAUACCUGCUGGUCCUACCGGAAUGCCUCCGGAGAAGACUUCCUUUUUUCAAGCGUUAAAUAUCGCCACCAAAAUUGCUAGAGGGAUUAUUGAGAUCAUUUCAGACGUCCAUCUUCUUACGGUUGGCGAUAAAGUCAACGCCUCACAAGCCGAUUUGUUGAACAAAAUGAACAUAUUUCCUUUUUCUUACGGCUUAAAAGUAGUUCUGGUGUUUGAGGAUGGCUUGAUUUAUCCGGCCUCUAUCUUGGACAUAACAAAGGAGGAGCUUCUUGCUAAAUUCUCUAGAGCAGUUUCAGCUGUUGCCAGUGUCUCUUUGGCUAUAGGCUAUCCCACUGCUGCUUCCAUUCCCCAUUCCAUUAUUAAUGGGUUUAAAAAUCUUUUGGCCGUGGCGCUUGCCACGGACAUAACUUUUGACGCUGCCGAGCGUGUGAAGCAAAUGCUUGCUACCCAGAGAGCUAAUGUUUCAGCAGGCGUGAUUUCUGCUUCUCAAGAAGAGUUGAGAACAGCCGGAAACGAGGAAGAACCUGUUGAAAAGGAAGAAUCUGAUAUUGAUCUUGGUGCGGGCGGCUUAUUCGGAAGCGAUGACGAUUUUUAAGCAAUUAUUUUUAAUUUUUAUAUCGUUGCGCAUAAUAAACUUGGUGAAUUAUUG